GCAAAAGUCUGAAAGACAGAGAGAGGAAAGGAGUGUGGUCUGAAGACACAAACUGUGGUCAACCAGCCAGCAGCAAAAUCAGACAUCCAUCAGUGUUACACACCGAGACAUCUUCAGCCAGAGGAGCAUGGACACAGAGAGAAAGAUGCUAAUAUUCACUCUGCUUUUGACAGCUGUUUGCAGUCCUGUGUUUAGUGGAGAAUGGAAGGCUACUGUUGCUGAAAACCUUGAUGCUCUCGUUACCUCCUGUGUGGUGGUGCCCUGUUCGUUCACCCAUGGUGGAGGACUGCUUCCAAACUCCAGACUCAGAGGACUCUGGCAUCGUCAAGACAAGUUUGAUCAAUUUAUCUAUCACGAGGAUCAGACAAGGGUCUUGGACAACUUUAAAGGCCGAACACAACUGUUGGGACAUCUGGGUGAAAACAACUGCACCUUGGAAAUAACUGAAAUGAAAGAUCAUGACAACGGUCCUUUCUGUUUCCGAGUUGAAGUAGUGCUUAAAGAGACGAAUGAACCCACCAAAGACAUGUUCUCCUUUGUUAAGAACUGUGUCCAGUUCAAAAUGCUCCAUGGUGCUCCAAAACCUGUCCUGACACCACCAAAGACAGCCAUUGAAGGAAAACCCUACACUAUCAUUUGCUCAGUCACACAUACCUGUCCCUCCCAUGUGCCUAAACUCACAUGGAACCGGGGCACUGAAGAAGACAUCACUGAGAUUCAUAAACACCAUGGUGGAAACUGGGAGGCAACGUCCACCUUAACAUUUGUAGCACAGGCCAAGGACGACUACACUGACCUCACCUGCACAGCUGAAUUUUAUGGAGGAAAGACAUCCUCCUCAGCUGUGACGCUCUCCAUAAAACGUUCUGAAAACUACAAUCACAUCAUCAUUCCUGUUGCAGUGGGGAUUGGCACUGCUGUGAUCUUUGGACUCUUCUGUGUUUUCAUGGUGAAGAAAUACAAGAAACGUAUUGCAGAGCUCCAAAAUCAAGAGGGCACCAUGUUGAACCGCCUUCACAGACUGUCUCAAAGGGCCAGAUUCUGAAGAUGAGAAGUGAAGAAACAAGUUACGUUUACUAUGUGAGACCACACAUUUCUUUGCUAUCUAGUUGUGUUUUAGUUUAAUUAACUGGACUCGCAUCAUUAUUUCACUGUACAUUUGACAACAAAGAGGAAAGGAAUUGAAGUCCUUGAGUGAAGGUGAUAAUUAAAGUCGCACAUUGAGGUUUUGUCUUGACUGGACCCAGAUCCUGAAACCCCUAUAAUGGCAAAGUAGAACCCCCUUUUAACAAGAGGAAAUGUUGGGAAGAACUCAUAUAUAUACACACAUAUAUGGGGGGACGCAUCUGUUUUGGUCGGCCAGGUAGAAAAAGAGAAAAAAAGAAGAAAUGAGAUGAAUUCAUACAUAAAUCUAAAUAAAGCAACCUAUAAACAUGGUACGAGGGUACAAGAUAGAGGUGAUGUACAUUCACUGUUUUAUCUCCUCUCUGUCCUCUGGCCUGUUACCCAAGAAUCACAAUAUCUAAAUCUCGAGGAGCUACUGUAUCAGUGAGGACACACGUUUCUUUUGUGGCUCAAGUGAUACACUCAUGUGGAAUAUUAUGAAUAUUAUCUGUUCACAAGAGAAAAUCUACCGUAAUCUGUUUUCUCAUUCAUCAUCUCUCAGACAGGCCAACGAUACCAAGAAGAAGAAGCUCAAAGUCACCGGUAUCUGAGUCCUAUAUGUGGCUUUUAAAGUAGGAAUCAAUUUAAAGGAAGGAAAAAGACAGAUGGUGUCAUGGUUCUGUGUCUGUCGUGUUCCAUUAUGUUUGGAUUUCCUGUUUUAUUUUGUUAAGUCCCUUCGUUUCCAGUUUUGUGUUACUCCGUGUAUUCCCCGUGUGAUUCCCCUGAUUUGUUUCACCUGUCGUCAUCCCUCUGCCUUCUUGUGUAUAUAUAGCCCCGCCUUUCCUUUCGUUGCCUGUUGUGUUGUUAGUUUUGUUGAGUCAUCUCCCUAGUUUCAAUCUUAUUUCUCUGAGUUUUAGUCUCUUUCUUUUUGUUGGUUUUGUCAUGCAUUUGUGGAGGAUGGGGGAUACUUGUUUUUUUGGCAAGUUUGCUUUUUAAAUCAGUUUGCUUUCAUUCACUUAUCAGCUUCAGUGA